AUGGAAGCUGUGAACGCGUUCAAUGCGGAGAUGUUCUCCAUGAUCGACAUGCAGCCCCCGAUAUCUCGAGCUAAGAUGAUGUCCGUCACCAAGUCGGCCAUCAAAGCCAUCAAGCUCUACAAACAUGUCGUCCAGAUAGUGGAAAAGUUUAUCAAGAGGUGCAAGCCAGAGCUAAAAGUUCCCGGCUUGUACGUGGUGGACUCCAUCGUCCGUCAGUCGCGUCAUCAGUUCGGCGUUGACAAGGAUGUCUUCGGGCCGCGCUUCUUGAAGAACUUUUCAGACACCUUCCAGAAUCUUUUUCACUGCCCACAGGAUGACAAGACAAAAAUUGUCCGAGUGUUGAACCUGUGGCAGAAGAACUCUGUGUUUGACAUGGACAUUAUUCAGCCUCUGAUGGAUAUGGCAAAUGAAGCCGUGUUAGCUCAACCUUCAGUUCAGCCAAUAGUUCCCACACAGCCCCAACCUCCUCCCUCGGAGGAGCCCGCCGUCGUUCCCCCGCGGAUAUCCAAUUCCGAAGCCUUAGCUGCCGUGGCCCAGCUGUUCCAGUCCCCACAAGGUCAUGAGCUCCAAAGGAUGUUGGAAAGGUUGCAGCAAGCAGAAAAGAGCCAGGCGGCCGGCGAUGCAAACGGCCUCAAUGCUCACCCUGGCAAUAUGAACGAAAGAAGCUCCCUGACAGAGAAACUACUGGACCGCUUUGAUUACGAUGACGAACCUGAAGAUGCCGUGAAAGAAAGCAAUUUUGGCGGCGGCGGCGGACAGUUGCACAAUAUGGCGACUCAACCUGCAGUGGGGCAGAAUGCCGGCAGCAUGGAGUAUGGCGGCGUCACGAGUCAUGGCGAGCAUCACUUGUUUCCAGAACCGCACCAUUACAAAAAUGACGCCAGAUCACAGGAUGAGUCUACGCAGGAUUCGUCCGCACGAAGGGAAGCCCGCCAUAUAUCACACGGCAGGAGAACUAGAUCUCGUUCUAGAUCUCCAAGGAGAAGACGGUCCCGCUCGUCGUCGCGGUCCACAAGGCACCGGCGCUCCAGAUCACGCUCCAGGAACAGCCGCCGGCGCUCCCGUUCGCGGGACCCAGCAGAGCGAGAGCACGACAGAGAACGGCGGCAGAAGGGGCUGCCUGGCAUCAAGGCCAAGAUGCUCAGCGUGUGCAGCACCACACUGUGGCUUGGUCAGCUGGACAAGAAAACCCAACAGUCGGACGUGGUGUCCCUCCUGGAAGAGUUUGGGCAGAUCCAGUCCGUCAAUAUGAUUCCCCCUCGGGGUUGCGCUUUCAUCGUGAUGGUCCACAGACUGGACGCGUACACGGCUUUGAACAAGCUCAGUCGCAACUCGUUUAAAUUCAACGGGAAGCCUGUCAAGAUCGCGUGGGCUUUUAACAAAGGCUUAAAGCCCACGCACAAGAAGUAUUGGGACGUGGACAAGGGAGUCACCUACAUCCCCUGGGACAUGGUCAAAAGCGAAGAACUGGAAAGCUACCAGGAAGGAGGAAUGCUGGACCCUGACACGCUAAGUGAAGAGUGGAAAAGGACUCUGGAACUGAAAAAGCGGCAGGCGGCUGAGAACGGCCCACCGGAAAAGACCGGGAGCGUCGAGACUCAGAUUCAGCAGGUGGCGACGCCCAUAAGAAUGCCGCCUCCCUUCCUGCCGCCUCCCGUGUCCGGAGGUUUUCUCGCCGUCGCGCCGCAGUUGAUACCUGAAGCCGCUGCCGCGGCCGUCAAAUCUCCGACGGGAGCGCCGGCCAUCCCCAGAGGCGACCAUCCGUCGACCCCCCGACUGGGCUCCCCGCUGCCCGUGCGCCUUCCUCCUCACGCGCCGCCCUUCCUCCCGUUCCCCCCGGAGAGAUUCCGUAUGCCUAUGCCCUUCCCGCCAUUCGUGCGGCCGGAGGGAAUGACGUCGCCGCCUUUGAGAGGGAUGCCGAACUUCGGCGGACUACCUCGCCACACCUCUAGGGGGGGCUGGUGA